CCUAAUUUGUCAUCGCUGCUGGAACUAUUUGUACAGUUUUUGUUUUGUGUUGUGUAUAUUAACAAUUUGAGAAGAAAUAUAUAUACGGGUUGAAUUUAAUAACUGAUCUUUAAAAUGUUUUAUGCGCAUAUUAUAUUGGCCAAAAAAGGCCCUUUGGCAAGAGUGUGGCUUGCAGCACAUUGGGACAAAAAAAUAACGAAGGCCCAUGUUUUCGAAACAAAUAUUGAGAAGUCUGUUGAGGGAAUAAUGCAACCUAAAGUAAAACUGGCCUUACGAACAUCUGGACACUUACUCCUCGGGGUCGUUCGUAUAUACUCACGCAAAGCUAAAUAUUUGUUAGCGGACUGCAAUGAAGCUUUUGUUAAAAUUAAGAUGGCUUUUCGACCUGGGAUGGUUGAUUUGCCAGAGGGACACAGAGAAGCGAAUGUUAAUGCAAUUACUUUGCCUGAAGUUUUUCAUGAUUUUGAUACAGCUCUUCCUGAAUUAAACGAUAUCGAUAUCGAGGCACAAUUUUCUAUAAAUCAAUCAAGAGCUGAUGAAAUUACAAUGCGUGAAGAUUACGGAAGUUUGUCACUUUCCUUGCAUGAUGAUGGAUUUGGAGAUGUCGGCUUUGAUAAUGAUACGCCGGAUAUGGUUCGAGGGCAUUUAGAUUCUACUCUAAAUGAUCAAUUGUUUGAAGAUGAAAUAAUUACAAAUGUUAGAGAAAGUAACGAAGCAAGUAUUAGGCUUAAUGAACCAGAUGUAACGGAUUCUCGGUUAGAUGGUGAUGGAUUUGGGGAUGAAUUUGGUCAACCAGAAUUAUUUGGAGAUGAGUUAUUUGGAGAGCCCCCUCGAUUAGAGACUGAUACUCAAGAAAUAAUUGAACCUAUACCUAAUGUAAAUGAAGAAUCAGAUGACGAUGUGUCUGACCAUUUUGAUGCAAGAGCUCCGUCGCCUGAUUCAAGCUGUGAAGGUUCUGCAAUUGUAAUUACAAAAGAAGAUGAACUCGAGAAGGGUGAGACUUCAGCAGUACAACAGCAUGAGGCUAUCGACGAGAAUUUGGAGCAAUCAACCUUAAUACAAAAUGAAGAUGAAAGUUUUGCUUUAGCUCCUAUUGAUGCGUCGGCAUAUAAAGGGAUUACAAAAACAAAACGUAAAAGGAAGCUUAUAGUUGAUGAAAUUAAAAAUAUUUCUGGGGAGGAAAUGAAAGCUCAAUUAGCGAAUACAUCAGAUAUUGUAACAACUCUAGACUUGGCUCCUCCAACGAAGAGGUGGUUAAUGUAUUGGAAAGAGACUGGCGGCGUUGAAAAAUUAUUCUCUUUACCCUCUAGAUCAAUACCCGCAAGAGCAUUAUUUCUUAAUUAUCACAGACAUCUUAUAUCACAUUUUACUCAGUUGGAAGAUUUUACAUGUUUGGGACCAUCUGAUAUUUUAGCUUUAGAACACAUUAGUAAUGAUAUUGAUUCAUCUGCUAUAAUUCAAAAUAAAAGAGGUCGUAAAAGAAAAUUCGAUGUAUUGCCUAAUAAUCUUCAACAUAAUCCGGAUGUUUGUAUAGAUGUCACAAAUCAAAGCUUAGCAGCUCCCGAAACAAUAAGAGAACAAGAAAGCUUCGUAGCAACAAAUGAUUCUCUAAAAGUAAAUAAUAUAAUUCCCAAUGAUUCAGCGCAAACAGCAGAAGCUACAAUAUUUGAUAAUUGUUCUAGUCCUGGACCAUUAUUUACGAUGAAUGACAUAAGUAAUAUAGACAAUCUUGGUUCCCUUGGUGAUCUUGCUUUUACACCAGGAAAUUUACACCAUGGAAUGGAUGCAGUCGAUGAUUUUAAUCAUGGUGGGUUAACACCUGUUAAUCUAAAUCAUGGUCAUGUUACCCCAAGGCACCCCGAAAUUGAAACAAUUGAAUCUAUACCAAAUCUUCCCGUUGAUCAAAUAUCAUCUAUUUUAAAUGAAGCCGCAAAUAUGCCGGAAAAUACAAUAGCAGAAGGUUCAACAAAUCUAAAUAAAUCGUGUGAUUUAGCAUCUGACUGGAAUGAUUAUGCAUUCCCACCAUCGAUAGAAAUUCAGAAUAACUUUGAUGAACAAAUGGAAAAUGAGACAAGUGAGCAAUUUGAGGAACGUGUUUUGAACAAAAGAGCCGCACAACUUUUCUAUGCCGUCAAAAGUCGUAUGGUAAAACAGGACUGUUUAUUAUUGUCUGAGUUGACUGUUAAAAAUUCAAGAAAACAGGCAGCACAAAAGUUCUAUUCUCUACUGGUGUUAAAGAAGUUCCGUGCACUUAAUAUAUCACAGUCUGCUCCAUAUUCGGAUAUAAUUGUAACACGAGGCCAGUUGUUUGAAAAUCCUAAACUGUAAUUGUUUGGUUUUUUAUUUAUUUAUUUAAAUUAUAAAUGUCUAUUUUUAUAUACAAUUAUUAAAAUCAAAUUAAUGUUUAUUUCUAUUUUAAUAUUUA